GGACAUCCGAUAAGCCGGAGACAGACGCCACCACAGAGACGUGCAGGGAAGGACUGAAGAGUGACAGUUCAGAUCUCUGAAAGAUGAGGGGGCGGAGGCGAGGGGCUACCAGAAGAUAAGAGGAGACUCGGCGCACUUCGGCUGGGAGUACCACAGUCGGCUGCUGUGAAGAACGUCCGUGUUGUUGGAGAGACAGAGCUCAGCAUUGGAAAAAGAGGAGGGGGAGGAGGAGGAGGAAAAGUUUCACACACUGACUCUCUGUUCAUGUCUGGAAGAGUCACCAAAACCUCAGAGUGAAGUUUGAGGCAGCAGCAGGAGGAGACGACAAGGAAAAAGUCUCAGGAUGGAAUGUCCUUGAAGACAGAGGCACCGCUGACUAGACCCACACUGAGAUCCAGGUCCUACGUGCUGGUCAUGCUUGCCUUCAAACGGAGGUCAUCUGGAGGGGCCGGUGAGAGCCAGCUCCUGGGACAACUGGUGAUGAUGAUGAUGAUGGUGGUGACGAUGGUAGCAGCAGACAUUGAAGGUCUUGAUGGUGAGGAGAGUCUGGAGAUCCUGGAGGACGACGAGGCUGAUGGAGCAGAGAAUGGGGAGUCCUUGGACAUGUCACCUCUGCACUCCUGGCUGAUCUUCAGGAGGAACUCCAACAAAGGAGACAACCGGAAAACCAAGGGAACCAAGAGGUCAUCUAAGCAUGGACUCCCUGGACCUCCAGGCCCGCCAGGGCCUCAGGGGCCCCCUGGGCUCCCGGCAUCGCCCCAGUGGCCGAAGCAAGAGCUGGUGGAGGAGCUGCGACAGAAAUUGCAAGGCCGAUGGACAGGUGCGUGUCUGCAGUGCGACCGAGCUCCCCGUAUCGCCGCCUCCUUCCACAGUCGCCUCCCUCACCCCGUCGCCGUCCCUCGCCGUAGCCUGCUGGAGCUGCAGACCUUCAGUCAGGCGGGGCCCGUCCAGAACCGACUCCAGAGAGGAGGGAGCUUCAACAUCAGCACAGGACGAUAUUCGGCGCCCGUGUCUGGAUUCUACCAGGUCACCGCCAGUUUGCUGAUAGGUGAGCCAGCGAGUCCAGGUGAGACAGAUGGAGUCAGUCGAGUGAGUCUGGUGAAAGACAGCAGCACCGUCUCAGAGACAGUGUCAGGGCAUCAGUUUGCAUCGAGUCUCUCUGCCAGAGGAAUCUCUCAGUACAGUCGAUGAUGGGCGUGGCAGUCUCAGGGGGAACGUUCAGCAUGUUACUGACGGGGGCGCUCUACCUGCAGGUCAGACCAGGUCCUCUCAGAAGACAUGACCCGACUUGGUAGUAACAUUCUCUGGUGUGUGUGUGUGUGUGUUAGGCUGGAGAGUACGUGUCUGUAUUUGUCGACAAUGGCACCGGCUCAUCUAUCAGCGUCCUCGCAGACUCCUCCUUCUCUGGAAUUCUCCUCGGAGUCUGAGACUUCGGGGCUACUCGACAUCAUGGCAUCACAUCGGUGUUGCGCUG